AUGUCGCCGGCCAUGGAUUGGGUGCAGAAGCACUACUGGACGUGGUAUGAAGAAGCAAAGGUGCUUCUUCAUGAAGAGGGGGGAGGAGGCAUUGAGGAUGGCAAGGAACUGAUGCUCGACCUGCUGGGCCGUGUUGACCUAGGACUGCUCUUGCGCGCCUCGGUCAACUUCUCUCUUGCGAAUGCCUCGGAGUCGAUCGUCGAUCAGGUCCAAUACUCCACUGAAGCCCUCGACCUAGCCGCAAUGCUGGAUGAAAAAUACUCCGACGAGGAGACCGAGCUGGUAUUACAGGAGGUCACAAUGCUUGUUCAAUCCAUCAAAGAGAAAGCUGAGCAACAAGGUGUCAAUGUUGAAGACUUGAAACCCCAACAAGACGACACCGACAUCUUGUGGGAGGGAUAUCAGGAGCUAAAGGCCUGGAGGGCUGCCAAAGAGGCUCCCAAGGAGACAGAUACUGAGAGUGCCAGCAGCUCAGACGGUGGAGAUGACACAGCAGACGAACCUCAGAUCACUCCCGCUGUCGCUGCUUCCGCAUCUGACAGUGAGUGA